AUGGAGGUGGCACCACGCCCACCAUUGGGAACCAUCAACGUUAUUUUUGCUGCACCAAAUAGGGAAGCUGGUCCCUUGUCCAAGGUAAUGGCCAUUUCACCACAGCUUGAGGUAAGAGAAAAGGAUAGAGGAUCUAAAAGGAUCAAGAUAGAGCUGGAGCCAAUCCUCAGCUUCUCGGAGGCUGAUAAGAUUGGAUUUGACGGGAGAAUUGUGACCCCCAAAGGGAUGAUUAAAUUGCCCGUACAAAUGGGUAGUGAAGUAGUUGAAGUAGACUUCAUUAUGGUUUAUGCCUAUUCCCCCUACACUACAAUUUUGGCAAGGCCAUGGCUCUACGCUAUGGGGGCAGUCUCCUCAACUUUGCAUAUGAAAGUGAAGUUUCCAAUUGAGGGGUGCGUUAGGGAGCUGCAAUCAAUAGUUGGAGUGUCAGAGGUCUCGGAUAGAAUGACAAAGAUUAGUGUACAAUGUGAAGAAUUGGAGAAGAUUGUCCUUGGUUCGGAAAAUGAUAAAUAUUUCCAGAUUGGAACACAACUACCUCUAGCUGAGAAGGAAGAGUUCUUAGUCUUUCUGAGAAAUAACUUAGAUGUUUUUGCUCGAAGCACAUACGAGGCUUUGAGGGUAGAUUUGGAGUUCAUAUGCCAUCACCUCAAUGUGAACCUAGCCAUAACACUGAGGAGGCAGCAGCCUCGACGAUCUUCUAAGGAACAUGCUGAAGUAGUAAAAGAGGAAUUCAACAAGCUCAAAAAGGCUGGGGCCAUCAAGGAGGUUUUUUUAUCCAAAGUGGUUGGCUAA